AUGAUGAACUCGAGUGGAUCGCAAAGAAAAUGUCAAGAUGAAGAGAAGGAUAUGGCACAAUUUCACAGACCUGAACUGCUGAAUUUCACACACAGUGAGGCAAUGAAUGAAAUAGAUCGUAUGAACAGAGACCUUAACAAUCUGAGAGAUGUCAUGAUAAAACAUAGUGUGCGCUGUCAUAUGUUGGAAGUUGACUUGGCUACACAGUUCAGCCCUGACCUUCAAGUGGCUCUUAGAUCAACAGAGGAGGACUGCAGUCGAUGUAAAGAAGCUCUACUAAGACAUGAAAAUCAAAAGUCCAUGAUAUUAAAUGACAGUGAGGACCAAAUACAUUUGACAGAUCAGUGA